CCCAAUCCCCCAAAUCCUAGGGUUUCCCUCCAUCUUCAUCUCCCCUCCAUCUCCCAGCCGCCGCUCACCGCCGCCGCCGCCGCCGCGAAGAUGCUGGAACUCCGGCUGGUGCAGGGGAGCCUGCUGAAGAAGGUGCUGGAGGCGAUCAAGGACCUGGUCAACGACGCCAACUUCGACUGCUCCGGCACCGGCUUCUCGCUGCAGGCCAUGGACUCCUCCCACGUCGCGCUCGUCGCGCUGCUCCUACGCUCCGAGGGCUUCGAGCACUACCGCUGCGACCGCAACCUCUCCAUGGGCAUGAACCUCACCAACAUGGCCAAGAUGCUCCGAUGCGCCGGCAACGACGACAUCAUCACCAUCAAGGCCGACGACGGAUCAGACACCGUUACAUUCAUGUUCGAGUCCCCCAACCAGGACAAGAUCGCCGACUUCGAGAUGAAGCUCAUGGACAUCGACAGCGAGCACCUGGGGAUCCCCGACUCCGAGUACCAGGCCAUCGUCCGCAUGCCCUCCUCCGAGUUCUCCCGGAUCUGCAAGGACCUCAGCAGCAUCGGAGACACUGUUAUCAUCUCUGUCACCAAGGAGGGUGUCAAGUUCUCCACUGCUGGGGACAUUGGGACUGCCAACAUCGUCUGCAGGCAGAACAAGACUGUUGACAAGCCAGAGGAAUCUACCAUUAUAGAGAUGCAGGAGCCAGUGUCACUUACCUUUGCUCUGAGGUACAUGAACUCCUUCACCAAGGCAAGCCCACUGUCGGACCAGGUCACCAUCAGCCUCUCAUCUGAGCUACCAGUGGUGGUUGAGUACAAGAUUGGUGAGAUGGGCUACAUUAGGUUCUAUCUAGCACCAAAGAUUGAAGAGGACGAGGAAAUGAAGGCAUGAUUGCAGCACCAAGGAUGUGCUUAUGUUGCAUUACUUUUCAAGGUCUUUUGACCAGUUUGCUUAGCGCUUGUCUGUAAGCAAAAAUGAUGUUAUGCUAGCUUUAGCAUUUCUGUAUCUGUGACUGUUCGUCGUUGCUGGAUUACCAGGGUUUAAUGUUAGAUUAGUGAUGAA